GGUUUGGGGGGCCCGAGCAGUGCCCUCCUUCCUUGGGAGCUGAGGUCACAGCUCUGGCUUGUUCUGGGCUGUGUGUGGCUAAGUGCACUACAGCUCUGGCAUGACUGGAGGAGGGGCAGCGGCUAAGUGGUUUCUGAAAAAGGGCAAAAAUGAUGGGAAAAGCUCUGGGAUCCUCUGGGAAUUGGAGCCGCUGCAACAGCAGCUGCUGCCAUUGCUGGAAGCAUUCGUUUUGAGUGCCAGAGUGUGCCCACAGCCCAUCCCUGCUGGCGCGGAGCAGCCGUGGCCCCGGGAGUGGCUGAGGACCCUCACAGAGGCGGAGGAAGCAACUCUUCUCUCCACACCGGCCCAACUCUCACUUCAAUUAGCACUGGCCCUUGAGCUCACCAGCACCUGCUGGGGCUGGGGUGUGCCUGCAUCUAGCUGGCUGCCUCUUGGGCCACAGAGGAUCUGGCAAGGAUGAAGAAAUGGGGGAGCUCCGACUCAGGGGAGUCUGAGGACCCGCUCCAAGAGGACCUCUGCCCAGACCCUCUGGAUGGACACCCUAACUCCAGGCCAGCUCCAGCCAAGCCCCACAUCUUCCCCACGGCCAGGAGCCGCAGUCGGCUCUUUGGGAAGUGUGACUCAGAGGAGGCUUCUCCUAUGGACUGCUCUUAUGAGGAAGGCCAGUUGGUCUCCUGCCCAGCCAUCACAGUCAGCCCUGUUGUCAUCAUCCAGAGACCUGGGGAUGGCCCCACCUGUGCAAGGCAGCCAUCCCAGGACUCUGUCCCUGCUGGCUCCAAGAAGAGCCCCAAGCUCUAUGAUCGUAGGAAGAUCUUUGAAGCUGUGGCUCAGAAUAACUGCAAGGAGCUGGAGAGCCUGCUGGUGUUCCUGCAGAAGAGCAAGAAGCACCUCAUGGACAGCGAGUUCAAAGACCCAGAGACAGGGAAGACCUGUCUGCUCAAAGCCAUGCUCAACCUGCAUGAUGGGCAGAAUGACACCAUCCCACUGCUCCUCGAGAUUGCCAGGCAGACGGACAGCCUGAAAGAGCUUGUCAAUGCCAGCUACACAGAUAGUUAUUAUAAGGGCCAGACAGCACUGCACAUUGCCAUUGAGAGGCGGAACAUGGUACUGGUAACCCUUCUGGUGGAGAAUGGGGCAGACGUCCAGGCUGCGGCCAAUGGAGACUUCUUUAAGAAAACCAAAGGGCGGCCUGGCUUCUACUUUGGUGAGCUUCCCCUCUCCCUGGCUGCGUGCACCAACCAGCUGGGCAUCGUGCAGUUCCUGCUGCAGAACUCCUGGCAGCCGGCAGACAUUAGUGCCAGGGACUCGGUGGGCAAUACAGUCCUCCACGCGCUGGUGGAGGUGGCCGACAACACGACUGACAACACCAAGUUUGUGACGAGCAUGUACAACGAGAUUCUGAUCCUGGGGGCCAGGCUCCACCCUACCCUGAAGCUGGAGGAGCUCACCAACAAGAAGGGGCUGACGCCACUGGCUCUGGCUGCUGAGAGUGGGAAGAUCGGGGUAUUGGCCUAUAUUCUCCAGAGGGAGAUCCAGGAGCCCGAGUGCAGGCACCUGUCCAGGAAGUUCACUGAGUGGGCCUAUGGGCCCGUGCAUUCCUCACUCUAUGACCUGUCCUGCAUCGACACUUGCGAGAAGAACUCUGUGCUGGAGGUGAUCGCCUACAGCAGCAGUGAGACUCCUAAUCGCCAUGACAUGCUGUUGGUGGAGCCGCUGAACCGAUUGCUGCAGGACAAGUGGGAUAGAUUUGUUAAGCGCAUCUUCUACUUCAACUUCUUCGUCUACUGCUUGUAUAUGAUCAUCUUCACCACGGUCGCCUACCACAGGCCUGUGCAAGGCUUGCCUCCCUAUCAACUGGAAAACACUGCUGGGGACUAUUUCCGAGUCACUGGAGAGAUUCUUUCAGUAUCAGGGGGAAUCUACUUUUUUUUCCGAGGGAUUCAGUAUUUCCUUCAGAGGCGGCCAUCAUUGAAGACCUUGUUUGUGGACAGCUACAGUGAGAUGCUUUUCUUUGUGCAGUCGCUGUUCAUGCUGGGGUCCGUGAUGCUGUACUUCUGCCACUGCAAGGAGUACGUGGCCUCCAUGGUGUUCUCCCUGGCCAUGGGCUGGACCAACAUGCUGUACUAUACCCGCGGCUUCCAGCAGAUGGGCAUCUAUGCUGUCAUGAUUGAGAAGAUGAUCCUGAGAGACCUGUGUCGCUUCAUGUUCGUCUACCUGGUUUUCUUGUUCGGGUUCUCCACAGCGGUGGUGACACUGAUUGAGGACGGGAAGAAUAACUCUGUGGCUGAGCCCCCAUCACAUAGGUGGCGAUGGCCUGGCUGCCGGCCACCAGACAGUUCCUACAACAGCCUGUACUCCACGUGUCUGGAGCUGUUCAAGUUCACUAUUGGUAUGGGUGACCUGGAGUUCACCGAGAACUAUGACUUCAAGGCUGUCUUCAUCAUCCUGCUGCUGGCCUAUGUGAUUCUCACCUACAUUCUCCUGCUCAACAUGCUCAUCGCUCUCAUGGGUGAGACUGUCAACAAGAUUGCGCAGGAGAGCAAGAACAUCUGGAAGCUACAGAGAGCCAUCACCAUUCUGGACACGGAGAAGAGCUUCCUUAAGUGUAUGAGGAAGGCCUUUCGCUCGGGCAAGCUGUUGCAGGUGGGGUACACACCUGACGGCAAGGACGACUACAGGUGGUGUUUUAGGGUGGAUGAGGUCAACUGGACCACCUGGAACACCAACGUGGGCAUCAUCAAUGAAGACCCUGGAAACUGCGAGGGUGUCAAGCGCACCCUGAGCUUCUCACUGCGGUCAGGCAGAGGCCUUCCUCACCCCACAGCCUGAGCUCUGGAACAGCCCUAGUGUCAACCGUCCUCACACGCUCAGUCACCAGCUCCUGUGUGUCCUCAUGCACUCCUGCACAGCUGACUGCUCCACGUGCCCAUGCUCGCCAGCUCUGCCAGUGCCUCAGGGCAGCCGCUGAGCCCAUUCCAGUCACCUGGGACAGCUAGCCUCCCUGUGGGCUGCCCUGUCUCCCCUGCCCUGUUCCUCACAUCCGGUGUCUGCACCCAGCUCUGUGAGGCUCAGACACAAAGAGGGACAUGUGGGCACUCACCUUGUGUACUUUCAAGCAUGCAGGGGAAGAAGAAUGGGAAGAGUAAAGGGUACAAAUUGAGCAGAAAAGCUGGAAAAUCAUUACCAGAAAGAAAGUCCUUUAACAGUUAAUGGUAAAUAUUUAACAGUAGACAUUAAAUUAAAGGUCUGAGGACAUGUGCUUAAAAAUGAGGCAAAUCUACUUUACACUGAACACAUUUUGAGUUACAAUUACAACCCUGUACCAAUCUUGUUUUUAAAAAAUUGUAAACAAUUAUAAGUUGUAAAUUGUAAAAACAAUUGUAAAAUAUAUAUAACAUAAAAUUUGCCAUUUUAACCAUUUUUAAAAGUGUAUAGUUUGGUGGUGCUAAUCAUAUCCACAACGAUGUGCAACUUUCACUACUAUUUCCAAAAUGUUUUCAUUAUUCCAAACAGAAACUCUGCCCCCAUUGAACAAUUACUCCCAAUUUCCCUUCCUCCCAGCCCCUGACAACCUCUAUUCUACUCUUCAUUUCUGUGAAUUUGCAUCCUCUAGGAACCUCAUAUAAGUGGAGUCCAAUGAUAUUUGUCUUCCGGUGUCCGGCUCAGUAUAUUCCAGUGUAUGUCCAUGCCAUGUUUUAUUUAUCCGUCUCUCUGUUGAUUGAUGUUAGGAUUGCUGUCACCUUUUUGCCUAUUGGUAAUAAUGAUCUGAACACUGGUGUGCAAGAUGCUGUUGCUUUCAAUUCUUUUGGGUAGAAGUGAAAUUGCUGGGUCACGUGGUAACUCUGUGUUUAACUUUCUGAGGAAGCCAGACUGUUUCCCAAGGCAGCUUCAUCCCUGUACAUUCCCAGCAAUGCAUGAGGAUUCCACAUGGUCACCAACACUUAUUUUUCUAUUGUUUUUUUCCUAUUAUUAUAGCCAUUCUAAUGGAUAUGAAGUAGUAUCUCAUUGUGGUUUUGAUUUGCAUUUCCCUGUUGACUAAUGAUUUUGACAUCUUCUCACAUGCUUAUUUGCCAUUUAUGUUCUUUGGAGAAAUGCUUGUUCAAGCCCUUUACUUUUUUAAAGGUUUGUUGUUGCAUUAUAGGAGUUCAUUGUAUAUUAUGGAUAUUAAUCCUUUAUCAGGUGCAUGAUUUUCCAGUAUUUUCUCCUAUUCUGUGCAUUGUCCUUUGAUGUACAAAAGCUUUGAUUUUGAUGAAGUCUGAUUUAUCUACUCUUUUCUUUUGUUGCCUGUGCUUUUGAUGUCAUACCCAAGAAUUAUUGCCAAAUCUGGUUUUAUGAAGAUUUUCCCCUGUGUUUUUUUCUAGAAGUUUCAUAGCUUUAGUUCCUUACCAUUUUCAAGUUGACUUUUUCUUGAGUCAGAGUUGCUUGGUUGCUGUAAAUCUUGGACUGUUUCCCAGAGUUCUGACAACAUUGGUUCUUUCAUAUCUGAUAUUGCUUCAGGGAGAAACUCCUUAAUAUUUCAUAAACUUUAAACAAUCAAUUUUAUUAAUAUAUAAUUUACAUACAAUAAAGUGCACACAUUUUAAACAUAUGGUUUGGUAAGUUUCAGCAAAUAUACACUCAGACAACCAGCACCCCACUCAAGAUACAGAACAUUUCCAUCAUGCCAGAGGGACAACAGACUGAAACCCUCAUGCCUCUCUGUGGUCAGUUCCACCCUCCCCUGCCCAGGUAACGAUGUCCAAUUUCUGUCACUAAGGAAUAGUUUUUUAGCAGCUUUUGUUUACCUGAAAAUGUCAAGUUCAUCCUCAUGUUUGAAGGAUAUUUUCACUGGAUAUAGAAUUAUGGAUUAACAGGUUUCUUUUCUUUAAAAAAGAAGGCUAACACUUUGACUAUGUUUCUCUACUUCUCCUAGCCUCCUUGUUUCUGGUAAAAACUCACCUGUCAUUUGCAUUGUUCUGCUCUAUGUAAUUUGUCUUUUUUUAUCUGGCUGCUAUUAAAGUAGUCUUUUCAUCUUUGGUUUUCAGCAUUUUGACUAAAGUGUGCUUAGGUUUGGCUUUUUUUUGGUUUUAUCCCAUUUGGGGUUUACUGAGAUUCUUAGAUCUGUACAUCAACAUGUUUCAUCAGAUUGGUAAAUUAUAUUUAUUUUGCCUCAUUCUCCCUAUGUUCUCCUUUUGGGACUUUAGUGAUAUGUGUGUGAGACCAUUUGAUAUUUUCCCAUAGGUUUCUGGGACUUUGCUCAUUUUUCUUCAAAAUUUUCUGUUUCUCAACUUUGAUCAUUUCUAGUGAUCUGUCUUCAAGUUCACUGACCCUUUCCUCACCCAUCUCAAAACUGCUAUUAAGCUCAUUCAGUGAUUGUUAUGUUUCAAGUACUGUGCUAUUCAAUUUUAGAAUUUCUCUUUGGUUAUAUUUUAUAGUUUCCAUUUCUCUCCUGAGAUUCCCUAGCUGUUCCCUCUUUAAGACCAUAUUUUGUUUUGGUCUUUGAACAUAUUUAUAAUAAUUAUUUUAAAUUCUUGCCUGCUAAGUCUGCUAAAUCU